AUGAGUCUCAUCAGCACACCAGAGAGGAUGGAACUGAAUUUUUAUCUGGCCUCCAAAGAGACUCUUAGGCCAGUCGUCCGUGCGUUCAUGAACCAGCUGACGGCAGAAAACUGGCAGAGACUGGAGACUGGGCGUCUUGACCCAGAGACAAGUACUCGCGUGACAGCUUUGUGUGUAAAUGUUAUUGAAAUUUUGGCUCAAAGUCUGCAUGAGUCUCUCAACAGAAGACUUGAAAAACAGAAAGACUGGUCACCAGGAUCUGCUAAAUCUGUGUGUAAGGAGGACGUGCGCGAAUGUUUAGGGAACAUGGGUGAAGUCAUCGCACAGACUGUGGCAGAGGUACAGGGUGUAGGAGACAUCCACUACCCUAAGAGCGGGCGGGUGACAGAGCUCAUGGUCACAGCAGUCACAGAGAGAGUCAACUCCAGGCUGUCUAAAACAAGUGACAGUGACGACUCGGAGGAGCACAAGACUUCCCCCACUAUUCUAAUCAAACUGAGGGGACACUUCAAGAGGAUUCUCAAAAACUGCUACGAAAGGAUGAAGACAAUGUUGCACCGAGUCAAAUCAACCUGCACUGUGCAGGAGAAGGAAGAGGUGGUGGUACCCACUCAGACCUCUGUAACUUCUCUGCAAGAAGAGAAACCAGGCAGGGCCGAGUCUACGGUCAACAAAUCCCCGACUAUUUUUCAUGUGACCAAAGAAAUCCUGGAGCAACAACUGGAAGAGAUUGUUCAUGAUGCUCAGAGUUACUCCACAGAGGAAGAAGAUAGCCUGCUUCUUUCUCAAACCAGCAAGGACUACGAGUUAUCAGAGUUAUCAUCUCAGAUUGUUGAAAAUUUUACAGAGGAUGUUCCACAGGACCUGGCUGGAUGUCACACAGAAGAUCUCUUAGGAUACCGCAGGAGAAAAGUCAUCAGGCAGAUGAGGACUGUCUUUGUCCAAACAUUUGCUCGAGGGUCAAUCCUGAGCAUGAUGUCUAAAUUCAGACGCAAGCCGGCCUCCCGUAAAGAACAGGAAGCUGUGAAAUUAGUCAAUUCACAGCUGAUUAAGAGUGUGGAUGAUCUUUUAACAGAGUUCAUUACAACAAACAAUCAGGUACCAAGUCGUGGGUCAUUAGAGGAUUGCCCCUUUGAGAAAUUAGCCAGCAUCUUUUCCGGUGACGAGCUGGAAAGUUUUGCUGAAAAGCUGAGUGACACAUUGGCCAGUCACUUGACACCACCAAAAGUCCAAGAAAAAACACACCGAGAAGAGAUUCGUGCUGGAGUAGACAAGAUCCUUAAAGAGACGAGGAAGUGGCUAAAGAAGCAGAGCCGACUGCGCAAGAUUAGGAAGGACUGUGUGAGCAUGACUCUCAAGAAGUUCAGGAGAUUUGUGCAGAAUAACCAGUCAGAUCUCAGUCCCCCCAAAACUGGAGCUGAGGAUCAGACCUGCCCCACACCUGUGCGAGAGGAGGUUCAAAGCUUCACAGCUGAGGAGGAGGAAGAAGAGGCCUGCUCAGAUGAGGAGGAGGAAGAAGAGGCCUGCUCAGAUGAGGAGGAGAAGGAAGAGGUCUACACAGCUGAGGAGCAAGUAGAACAGGCUCAGGUGGCAAAACCAUCUGGUCAAAACACUGAAUCUGUUCUAAAGAAGUGGGACCCACUGAUUUGCCAAAUCAUUGUGAAGAUGUUCUUACGCAAAGUCAUGAAAAAUUUCUUCCCCGAUCAGACCUACAAAUCAGCUGAAGCCAGACUGACAGACAUGCUGUAUGAAAAGAUGAGUGGUACUUCUGUUAAUGUGGAUUUGAGCCUGAAAAGCAUCAAAAAGAAAUGCAAAGCUGUGUACAAAGAAGUGCUCAAAAAUGUUGAUGCUUCAGUUCUUUGGUUAAAUCUCUUGGAAGAGGAUCAACCACUCCUUGAGGCUGUGGCUGAGGCUCUAAUGAAGCAUUUUUCAUCAGAAAGACCCAGCUCCAUCCAAAAGUUCUUCAGAUGUCUUCUCCGGACUUUCACUUCAGCUUGGACCCCCUGGGCUUCCCGCCUAACUGCAGCUUGUCGCGCAUGA